UCCGGCCGUCCCGUCGGGCACCGCGCUCGGAGGGAGGCGCUCUAGGCAGGAGUUCUCGGCAGGCGGCGGCUGACGUUGGACAACAAAGAUGGCGGCGGGGAGCAGCAACUACUGGGAAGAUCUCAGGAAGCAGGCGAGGCAGCUGGAGAACGAGCUGGACCUGAAGCUGGUCUCCUUCAGCAAGCUGUGCACCAGCAGCCGGGACGGGCGGCGCGACAGGUAUAGCUCUGACACCACUCCUCUCUUAAAUGGGUCGAGCCAGGACAGAAUGUUUGAGACCAUGGCUGUGGAGAUUGAACAGCUUCUGGGAAAGCUUACUGGAAUAAAUGACAAAAUGGCAGAAUAUACAAACAGUGCAGGAGUCCCAUCCCUGAAUGCUGCACUGAUGCACACAUUGCAGCGUCAUAGAGACAUCCUGCAGGAUUACACUCACGAAUUCCACAAAACCAAAGCGAAUUUCCUGGCAAUAAGAGAAAGGGAGAAUCUGUUGGGAUCAGUACGAAAAGAUAUUGAAUCGUAUAAAAGUGGGUCUGGCGUGAAUAACAGAAGAACAGAGCUGUUCCUGAAGGAACACGAGCACCUUCGGAACUCAGAUCGGCUGAUAGAAGAAACAAUAAGCAUUGCCAUGGCAACGAAAGAAAAUAUGACUUCGCAGAGAGGGAUGUUGAAGUCAAUACAGAGCAAGAUGAAUACCUUGGCUAACCGGUUCCCAGCAGUGAACAGCCUGAUCCAGAGGAUCAACCUUCGGAAACGACGGGAUUCGUUCAUCUUGGGCAGCAUCAUUGGCAUCUGCACCAUCCUGCUGCUGCUCUUUGCCUUCCAUUGAUGGAUGUUCCCCCGUGGACUCUGCUAAACUCAUCACCACCAUCCCUCCCCCCAGCCAAGGAAAAGCGAGCGGGGGAAGAGAUGGACUUCCAUCAGCCUGCUCCCCCUGCCUGGGACCGUCAGCAUGAUGUCUAGAGUUGAUGAUGAUGGACUGCAACACUGGUUUGGGGUUGAAGCUGCAGUGUUUCUCCUUCCCUGCCAUACAUCUUCCUUUGGUUAAAUUUGGUGGGAUUUUUGUUUUUGUUUUGUUUUUAAUUUUUUCCUCCUUUAGCCCCUUUCUCAUUGCAAGGUAAGUAAAUACAGCCACUUAACAACAGCAGUAGAGCAGCUCCUGUGCCCAGUGGUGCUGGGAGGUGCAUUGCUGGCCAGCAGGUGGGAACUGCAGGAACCCUGCUUUGCCUGCAGGCACUUCUGGGCACCGUUGUCCUACCAGAAGAAUAUUGCAGCUUUAAGCCAUCAGGUUGCUUCACUACUAGAUACACGUUCUGUAAUUCUUUUUAACUCAUGGUUGAGGUAAUAGUUAUUUCUACAUCGUUUGUGCUGUGAAAACUGUGCUUCACACAAACUCCUCAAAGAAGACAAGGAUUGCUCCAUUCGCUUUUUGCACAGAAAAUGAAUAAACUGCCCUCUGAGGAACAGUGAUAAGGUUUCUUGUGGCUUUAAAGGGACGGACAGGUCCUCUUCUGUAAAAAGGGAGCACAGUGCCCUCGCAGCUCCUUACCGUAGUGUUCAGUCAUCUGAAAAGUGACCAAACGUGAGUUCACCUAAGAGCAGCCUUUGGGUGUCAGUACUUGGAUUUUGGCUGACAUCAUAGAGGUCUUUAUAAAGACAACGACUGAGAAGUGUAUAUUGUAAUUUACAUAAAGUUAUUCUAAUAGCAUUAAUAUUUUUACACUGUAAGUAAGAUAUAAUCUACACUGUCAAUUGGAAGUGAAAAUGAUGAUGGUUCUACCUGGGGCAAAUGCAUCUGAGUGCAGAAGUUUUGGACACACCUCCUCCUGGUGAAGAGUUGAAUGUAAAAUAGCAAACCGAGUUUUAUUUACUGUUAUCUGGGGAAGUUCUCCUCAUCCAGGCACACAAACCCUGGUGUUUUGCAUUGAUGACUGGUGGCAGGAAGGGCUUUGAUGUUGCAGAACCACAAACGAUGGUUUUUUUCUUUCUGCUCUUUCAACUGCUUUUUCUCCAUCCGUUGUGUGAUAACCCAGCAAAUCCCAGCUGAAGCACUGGAAUGCCUUAGGAGCUCCAUCAGCUCUCUGACAGCAUUCCUGAGAGGUUCCACGUGUGCCACGGAUGUCAGGUAGCCUCCAGGUUGUCCUCUAUGGAACAAAGCCUCGUGGGGCAGUCGCAGUGCUGUAGUGCUUCUCUUGUGUCUGGCUGGGGAUGGGGUUUGUGCCUGUGUGGUGUGCAGCCCACGCUGCUGCCCCUGAAACGUUUGUAUGGGUUGGAAGGCUUGUUUGCAGGGUAAUGACUGUGCUAAAAGGUCUGCAAGGGCUUCUGAUCGGCCUUAGAAAGCAUUUGGAAUUAAUACAUGUAAAUAAAUUUGGUUGAUCUGGGAAUGUUCCUGGUUUGAUAUGAAGCGUUUAUUAAAGGGGUUUAUGAAAAACCUUGAUGGAUAAAGGGAGUUCAUUAAUGAAGCUGUGUGCUGGGAGAUCAGCCCUUAUCUCCCCCAUCCCACCCCAGGCAGGACCCCAGCUGGCAGCCGUGCGCCUGCUUAGGAUCUGUAGGAUUUGGCUGCUCUAUAGAGGGCACUCAGAUCUGCAGUAACAGAAAUAAAUUCAUUUCCUUAAUCUGGUAACCCGUCUUUUACUGGACUUAAUUGAUGAUUUGGUGCAUAUAUUUAAUCUUAUUGUGUGAAAAAGCUGCUAUGGAAAGUAUGUAAUUAUAACAAAUGUGUCAACAGGAUUGAUUUUUUUUUUUCAUGUUAUGAAGAUGCUUCAGAGGAACUGAUUUAUUUCAGUACGAGACAAAUAUGCUGAAUUAUCUCUGAUAAAGCUUGACUGGAAAUGCUGGCUAUGGUCCUUCCAUGCAGUUCUUCUUAAUCUUUAGGAAAAUGUGGUGUUAAACAGCUUUUAUUCCUGGAAUUCCCAGCAGAGUUGUGAUGUAGGAACUCGGCCAGGUCCUGCUGGUAACUUCUGGUCCCUCAGGCUGACCCCAGCGCUCGUGUCUGUGCUGUUUCUGAUCCUCCUGCUCUGUUUGCUGGAGCGCUGGCUGUGUGUUUGCUCAGCACUGAGCAUUGCUGUGGCAGAACUGAGGACGUGGGGGUUUCUGCUGCUGUGGGAAGGCACAGUGGGUGCUUGUGGUCAAUGCUGAGCUCAUGAGCUUCGGGUAUCAGCGUGCUGUAAGCUCCUGCUGGGUUCGUUACACUGAUCAAGCAGAGCUGAUCAAGCAGAGCCUUACGUAGUUCUGAAAGUUCCCUCUUUCGAAGGUCUUAAGGCUGCUGUGAGAAGAACCAGUUCCUCACAGGGCGCUGAAAAUAAAAGAGCAGAAGUGUUUGUACGUGAUGUGAAAGUUCCAGCUCUGUGCUGACCCUUCCAGGAGCCACGUGCCCAAAACUGCUCUGCCAUUCCCAGCUGACGAACUCCCGUUUGGUUGGGUCCAUCGGGCCUCCCCGCAUCCAGCAGUUUGCUGAGAUCAUUCCAUGCGUAACUUUUUCUUAGGUUUUUGGGUUUUUUUUCCAAAAACCUUUCAUGUGAAGCAGACAGGAGGGGCGACAGGAAGAAAUCAUUCUGAAACUCCUAAGAGUGCUGGAUUACGGCAGCCCUCGGAACGGCGGGCCUAUUUGGCAAUGCACAGCCAAGGGGAGCACAGCGGGACUGAACUGAGCCCUUUUCUGGGUGACAUCAGGAAUCCUGGGAUCUGUGUGUGCUGGAUGCACGAACCCAGUGCUGUGCUCAGCUCUUGGUUGUCCUCUGCGCCCUGCAGAGUGAGGAAAGUGGUUUAAAUCAACAUUCCCUCAAGACGAAACCACCGUCACCAACAAAACCUUUCAGACAAAACAUCCCAGUCCGGACUUCAGUAAGUUCAUUUCUGAUUGCACUUUCUGAUUCUUUUUGCUUUUCACAGAGCUGCUUGAAACUUACUGUAUCUGUAAUUACUUUUCACCUAUUGUGCAUUCUCUGGAUGUAAUUACGGAGCUUUGAUAUGUAAUUUAAUAAUAAAUGAGAACUCUAA